AUGGGUUUGUCACCUCACGUCAAGCUCCUCGUGAUGGUGAGCCGACUUGUCGUGGACAACUUCUUCCGGGUCGUCGUCGCGACGGCCGUCACUGCCGCCGUCGUAGGCAGUGCGUGGCCCAUUAUCAUUCGCCCUGAGGAGAUCCUGGAAAAGAUGCUCGCCCUGCCGCCUGCCCACGCCUUGACGGCGGUGAUCCUGACGGCGACCCUGGAGAAGAUGCGCCGCAUGCGGCGGCCGCGGGACGUGUACCUCGUGGAGUACGGCUGCUUCCGGCCCAAGCCCUACUACCGCACGCCCUUCGCCACGUGCCUGGAGCACGCCCACCUCAUGCCGUACCUCGUCGAUGAGAAGAGCGUCGCCUUCGCGAUGCGGCUGCUGGAGCGCUCCAGGCUCGGCGAGGAGACAUGCGUGUCGGACGCCUACCACAACAUGCCCCCAGACCGCAGCCUCAGGGCGUCUCGGGACGAGGCACAACUGGUCAUCUUCGCCGCUGUCGAUGACCUGUUCGCCAAGACGCCCACGAUCAACCCCGCCGUCGACGUCGACGCACUCGUCGUCCACUGCAGCAUCUUCACGCCCGUCCUGGUGUUCGCCGACAUGGUCGUCAACAAGUACGGGCUCCGCGCCGACGUCAAGGUCGUUAACCUGUCCGGGAUGGGCUGCAGCCCCGGGCUCGUCUUCGUCGGCCUCGCCAGGAAAAUCCUGCAGGCGGCGCCGGAAGGCACGCACAUGCUCAUACUGUCCAUGGAGAUCCUGUCGUCGCAGUACUACGUGGGCACGGAGCACGCCAUGUUGCUGCCAAACUGCCUCUUCCGCAUGGGUGCCACCGCCAUGAUCCUCUGCAACUCCCCGAGGCGACGGAGCCGCUGCGGCCGAGUGGACCGGCGGGGCGGCGGAGGCCGUGGGAGGGGUGGGACGAGAAGAAUGGUGUGCUUGCCAUGGAGGCCAAUCAUCUUGGCGAUUUCGGUGGCGGCGAGCAGCGGGAGGGGUGGGACGGGCAGAAUGGCGACGAGUGGCAUGAGGGGCGAGGCGAGGCAGAAAGGGUGGUUGCGUCGAGCGGGGCUGGACUAA